AUGCAGCACGCAACAAUUCAAACAUUGCAGUUCCUGCUGGACAAACUACAGCUAUGGUUUGCAAUGAUUGAGCUCACGUUUGCCCAAAGCAAAAUCCAUGAUGAGCAGACAAAGUUUGCGAUAACAGUGAAUGUGCUGGAUGCUAGAGCAGCAACCACAGCAGAAGAUGUAAUACUCCGACCUCCAACAGAACGACCGUACAUGGCGUUGAAAAAUGUAUUACUCACCAGAAUGCGUAAACCGUUAAAUCAACAAAUGUGGCAGGUGCUUAAAGAAGAAUCUAUAGGUGACAGGACACUGUCGGAAUUUUGGAAGCAUUUGUGCGGUAUCAUCAAUGCAGGAGAAUCGUCAGAUGCGAUGCCCAAACACAUCUGGCUAAAUCAAUUAUCUAGCAUGGUAAAAGCUGCACUAGUAACUUGUGAAAAGGACAACAUGCAGAACCUCUUGGAGAUAGCAGACAAAGUCCAUGUGACCAUAGACAAUCCACAGAUGGCUUGCACGGCAAUCUUUAAUGGGGAAGAGGCAUCAGAAGUGAUAGCAGCAAUACAGAAGACACAGCAUAUGGACAUCAACAAACUGCUGCAGGAAUUACCAUGA